AAUGUACGCCACUCCCACCAUCUAUUAUCUAUCCUCUCAUAUUAAUCAACUUAGACCCUUAUUAUCCAAACCAGAUAUCUGCAAAUGUACAGUCAACAAGACCUCAGCCCUUCAGCUUUGCGAGACACGACAUCGACUACGAGUACAAGAAGCUCUGGCAAUUUGAAUCGUGGAGAGGAAGAUAGUGCCUCAAAAUACCGGGUGUGUAGCAACUGCAAGAGAUUGAAAAGAAAAUGCAACCUCGAACGGCCGACAUGCUCAAGGUGCCGAACGAGUGGUUAUACCUGCCAAUACGAGGGUAAAAAGAGACGGCCUGGUCCUGCUAAAGGUUCGGUAUCCUCGAAGACGAGAGAUAUGUCAUUCAGAUUGAGUUAGUCAGUUCAUUCCUGACUCUGAUGAUUUGGCAUUAAUUAUAGUUGGAAGAUCAUCUUGAAGGCUUAUUACAAGGCCUCCAUGGCCAAUUAGCAUCGGGACAGAAUGCCAUACCAGGUUAUUACACGCAAGAUUCCGAAAUGCAACCGCUAGCAUACCAUAAUCCACUCGCCGUCGAUUUUUUGCAGGGCUAUGAGCAGCAGAACUUCACAUACCCCAUCCUGGGCCCAAACAGCAACGGCCCAUUGCAGGCAGUGACGAACAUGGAAUCACUGUUACAGUUUUCGCCAUCUCUCGAAGGCAACCCUGUUAGGACCGAAGAUAGUCCACCUUUUUCUGUUGAACAACCAGUCAUGUCGCCAGUCAUUAGUGCGUCAACAUUGUUUUCUGCUAGCACAUUAGCUGAAGAUUCCAAACAGCUUCUUAUCUGUCUAUACUUCGAUCAUAUUCAACCCAUCUUCCCCAUGUUCCGCAAGCCUAUGUUCCACCAAAGGUUUCACGAAAACCAAAUCCCCGAAAGCCUUCUCAACGCCAUGUUUGCUAUGUCGUCGAGAUUUGUCCCGACGUCUGAUGUUUUUCGAGUCUUUGGGAAGUUCUCUACACCAUGGGAGAAUUUUGCAAAGCUUGCACACCAACAGUCCCAUAAUAGGCUUGAAGAAAACAGCGCAAUAUGUCUAGAUGAUAUUAAAACCGCAUGUCUAUUGGCUAUCCAUGAGUAUACCAAUUAUCCCGGCCGUAAGGCAUGGAUGUAUGUCGGAAAUGCUGUGCGACUGUCUCUUGCUAGUCGACUUCAUCAGAUUGAUAUUAAGGGAAACUCGUGUGGCUUGUCCGAUGCGGAUCGAGAAGAAUGGAGAUUUGUAUGGUGGGCAAUAUGGAAAUUGGAUUCAACGAUCAAUGUUACCGCCGUAAUGCCAUUUGGAAUAGAUUGCCAUACAAUUGGCUCCGCGCUGGUUUCGACAACAGUUGCAGAUUUUACGAAUGGAAUUACAAAACAGUCCACCGGGACGCUUUUGGACACCGACUCAGCCAAAUCAUGGAGGGCAGUCCGAGAAAUGCAGUCUCUUGAUCCCGGAGAUGGAUUUAAUAUCCACCUUCUCGCCGUGUCACUACUUCGGGGCGUAUCUCAAUGCCAGCAGCGCCUCUAUGCAAACUCAACGCCAGAGGAAAUUGCUCGUAUGAUGGCUCUCAGAAACACAUUUUCAUGCAUGCGUCUCGCUUUACCAGCCUGGUACUUCAAUGCCGCUAAGCGUCCAUCAGAGCAGUUUCAUUCCCACAGACAUAGACUCGAAACGAUAAUUAUGUUUCACACCGCACACUUGAUAAUCAACGAGCCAGUGAGAACCUUAGGCACUGAACAAGCACAUAGAAUAACAGGGGACUCCCUCAGCUGCUGGCAAAGCAGUAUUACUUAUGCGGAGGAUCUCGCAGGUGUUUUCCACCAUUGGGAAUCGGAAUACUUCGCUGUUGCGGAUCCUGUGAUAAGCUGUGCGAUAUGGCAUGCGCACUGUGGGUUGACCAUUCACAAAAUGUCUUUUACCGACGACGGCAAUUCGGAAGUAGCUACAAGGAUCGAUAACGCCCUCGAUCUGCUGAGUAUUUCACUGGAGAACUUUGCGCGUUGGUGGCAGAUCGCGCGCAUACUCCAAGACUCUCUCAAAGUAUUUCAGAUGUGGAGCUGGGUACACUUGGACGUGUCGAAAAUCACCGAGGUUGUUGCACAGAUUCGGCGAGCAAUUAACCCAGAUUCUGUGGAACCUGGGGUGGUUGAUGUAUCGCUUAUAUGCUCCUCUAUUCCGGACGAUACUCUGGACGGGAAUGAAGAAAAUAGGGUUUGGACGACGGAUAUCCUCGAAUAGAUUUAAAGUAAUGCAGAUUAUGAGAAUUGUAGAUUCUCCCUAGUUUAUGUAUCCCAGCAUCCAAGCAACAGUCACAU